CCGAGGAGUUUUCACAACAUUUGGACGUCUUCUUUGCAUCCUUCAGAAGUGCCGGUAGCUUUAAGUCUUCUGCAGAGGUAUGAAAGUGAAUUUUGUCUCUUUUUUUUUUGUGUUCUGCGGGAUAUCUGUACUGCACACCAAACGAUCUGACAAAAGGGAUGAAAAGCUGAUGCCUGAGGCUGUGUGACAUGUACAAACAGUCACGCUUGUACACAGUAAAUGGAAUUAUUGUAUUUUUUUCAUAUUUUGGAUUCUUUCCAAACGUCACAUGGGGAGAAACAUACUUUCAUUCCAACACUGUUGACAGACAAAGAUGUGAGGGAGAGGAAUUUUUUUCAUUAUCAUAAUGUCAGGACUGGCUUAUUGUCCCGGAAGAAAUGAAAAAGAAAAUAAACGUAUCCACGGGACUGAGAAUAAGGACACAGAUUGUUUGCAGGAGCUGUCCGAGUGUCCUGCUUGUAAAAGACACAAUGAUGUUACCCUGAUCCUGCCAUGCUCUCAUACCAUGUGUGUGCACUGUAUGUCUGCCCAAGAGGCCAAGCGGUCUGGUCGGUCCCCCCGACAAGAUUUGAACUGCUCUGUGUUGUGUCCACUGUGUCGCUACCAUGUGGAGCUGCCCUGCGAGACGUGGUCGUCUGCUUUGUCUUGUCUCCCGCGAUAUCCCACCCUAAAGUUCAAGACUGACAAACGGGAGGUGGCUUCUGAACCACAUCAACUGCAAGGGGAAACCUACUCUCUGGUUGCUAAUGAAGACACAGUGCAAUGUUCCAGUGCUUGCAGUUUCACAAUACCACCAGCUGAGAGCAAUGUGGAUCUACAGGAGGAGGAGAUGGAGAGCUCUGUAUUUGGUUUGCGCUUUGCUUUGGACCCAUUAACUGCCCCCACCUCCCUCCACCUUUCCAACUCCUUGCUCAUUGUCACUUACCGAGGAAUAAGCCCUACUUGUCCACUUCCAAAUGUCAGGAGGUUGAUGAUGACCUCUGACCCUGGCGUUACGCAGGACCUCCCUGAGGUUUGCACUGAUGUCAUCAUCGCUCAGGGCCAAUAUUACUGGGAGGUAGACGUCUACAACAGCUCCAUCUAUAAAAUUGGUGUGAGCUCACUGCACAAUUCUAAAGGCUGGUGGCUGGAAAGACACGGUUUGUCGUUUUGCGCCGUUUACGAUGGGUGCAGGGAGCCCCUUGUAACGGUCCCUCCUCAGAUCAAAACUCUCGGACUCUUCCUUAACUUUGGAGGGGGUACUCUUAGCUUCUACAAUGUUGUGACCCAAGAGCAUCUCGUCACCCUGCCUACGUGUUUCAAUGCCUCGGGAGUGCUUCCUACUCUGGGCCUCGGCCAGGGCUGGAUACGGUUGCGUUGCGGCCUCCCACCUCCCCCCUAUGUGUUCCUCAGUAAAAACUCAACCUACAGACAUCCUUGUGGGUCCAGUAGAGGCCGAUGGCAAAAGGAUAUCACCUUCCGAUCAGUGGGUAAAGUGAUUCAGAAGUUUGAGGAGAUGUCUGCAGCAAACUCCAGUUCGAUGCCUGGUUUUGGAUCACAUUGCUCCUGUGGACACCGGGGGACUAAUCCUUCUGGGCUUGCAGAACAGGAAGCCGGGCCUAAAUAAGACAAUCCUUCUCUAAAAUGGAAACAACCACUGACUGACGGACUCACAAAUCCCCAGAAAGGUUUGAUCUAUGGCUGCAAUUUGAAAGGCAAAUGUUCCAUCUUGAAGGACUUGCGGAUCCUCCUUCCAUUCUCGGUGUGACCCCCGCUGGUCGGGGCUUGGGCUGGAAUGAGUCCUAUAUUGUAA